AUGCUGUCUAGACACCCACCAAAUCGCUACAAUGCCAACAGGAACUACACCAACAGAGGUGCUGGAGGUGGAUACUCGUCCAAUCAACAAUCAUCGGUGAAUUCCAACAGAGGCUUCAAGAGGAAAUACAAUUCUCAUGACUCGUUCACCAACACACCUUCAUCUUCCUACAGAGCAAGACAAAAUUUAUAUCAACAACAUUCGAUUUCCAGAAAUUAUGAAAAUCAAUACCAAAUGUGGAUGGGUGAUCUUGAUCCUUCCUGGACGGAGGAGUCUAUUCAUUCCAUAUGGUCUGCAUUGGUCCAACCUCCAAAGUCUGUUAAAAUUAUGCGAGACAGGCUUAAUCCACUGAAGCCAUCUUAUUGCUUUGUCACUUUUGAAGACCAAGAGGCGCUUGAUUGGGCUCUACAGAGGAACGGCCAAUUGAUACCAAAUUCACAACGAAAGUUUAAAAUCAGCCACGCUAGCGCAAAGAAUAGUACCUCUGGCGGCGCUGGGUCGGGACAUAGUCGACAAUCAACGGGUGAAUUUUCAUUGUUUAUUGGUGAUUUAGCGCAAGAUGUCGGCGAAGCUGCUUUGUAUAGUACAUUCAACUUGAAAUACCCCAAUCAAAUCAAACUGGCUAGAGUUAUAGUCGAUCAGGACUCCAAAGUAGGUAAAGGAUUUGGAUUUGUUAAAUUUUUUACUGGAGAAGUAAUGGAAAAGGCAUUGAAAGAGAUGCAAGGUGUUAUGGUUGGAUCGAAGACUAUAAGGGUUGGUAUCGCAGCAGGAUCGGAAGUUGUCCAAUCAAGCUCCCAUGCUAAUAAGCCAGAUUACAAAAAAAUACCCAUCACCCAGAGCCAACCAGAAUUGGAAGCAGGUACAGAUGAAAAGAACACGAAUAUCAGUAUAUCUGGAUUGUCAUCGAAGUUUACAGAGAGCGAACUCGAACUAAUGUUUUUGACUUUUGGAGACUUAGUAUACUGCAAGCUUUCGCGUGAUUUACAAAGGGGUUACGUAAAAUUUGUAUCACGCAAUGCAGCCGAGCUCGCGAUGGCACACUUAACCAGCUCAGUUGUUAAUGGUUGCAGGUUGGAUCUAACAUGGGGGAGCAGCAUGAAAACGGAUAAUGGGGCAUCCAAAUUUGAGCCAAAGCUUGGUGGCUCUUAUGAAGAGGACGGAAAACCUCCAUUGUUGUAUAUGUCAAACGAAUACCACCAUAAAAACUUGUAUCAGCUAACAAAAGAUGAGAUCAAUGCAUUUGCAAAAAGGCUAGACGGGAGUGAAAGUAUAUCGACACAGCAUGUUAAUGAAAUCUAUUUGGAAAGCAAGAUGGCACGGGAACAUCUACUUUAA